ACCACCCCCGACAACACCCCCUUCUCUUCUCUCUACUUCGUUGACUUCUCAAGCCUUCUCUCUGGCAACUUCCACGCCUACAACUUCACAAUGGCUGACCGAUUCCCUUCGUUAGACGAGAUCGAUGCCGGACACACCGAGCCACGCGGUAACUCAAACUUCGAUCUCGUUGGCGAUGCCACUGAUGGCGACGACUUCCUGUCCCGCGAGCGAGCACUACUCGGCGACGACGCGAACCAAUUCACAUCCCCAGGCGACCGAGUAGCGACUGUCGAGGACGGCGGAGAUGAUGACUUGCUGGGAGGGGACUUUCAAAGCAAUGCCGGUGGACAGGAGAUGGCUGGGUUCGAGGAUUCCUUCCCGGCGAUUGAUACUACAAACGACCACAUGGCCCCAGGCGGAACUAUAACCGGCAGCACCCUUCCAUAUCUCCCCGGCGCCCCGACCACCGGCCGCGCAUACACACCAAUGCGCUCAGACUCCCCAGAGCCGGACGUCAUCCGAGAAUGGCGCGAGCGACGUGAUCUUCAACUCCAGCACCGCGACGAGAUCUCUGCGGAGCGAAAGCAGCAGACCGUCAAGGAGGCACAAGAGAACAUUGACGACUUCUACGUCAACUACAACAACAAGCAAGAGAAGCAAAUGGAGCAGGCACGUCGGGAGGCGGAUGAGUUCCUAGCUUCGAGAGAGGACACUUCGUCCGGCGGAACGUCAUGGGAACGAAUUGCAAAGCUUGUGGACCUGAGUGGGAAGGGCGUCAAGGGCGGAGCCAGCGGAAGUGAAAAGCAGAAGUUCAGAGAGCUACUCUUGAGCUUGCGGAAAGAUGAGAAGGCCCCCGGAGCCACUGGCUACUAGGUUGCGACUAUCAUCCGGGGUCUGUUGAUGGUUUGGCGUGACUGCACAGUAAACGGGCAUUGGUGAUAUUGGACGGAGCUGGUUGUAGGGGCCUUCUUCUCUGGGGCUCAGACGGCCUUUGUAUGAUUCGGGCGUUUAUAUCGGUUUUUCGAGACCAUUUUCUGCACUGGCAAUUUGCUUUGCGGUCGAGUCUGUUCUCUUUCGAAAACAGUGCAAUGUGUUAAUAUAAUCAUCCCAAUCCAGCUAUGCCUUCGAGGCUGGUCAAGGAUUCCGUGACAUCACCCAUCACCACUUAGCAACA